AAUCUCGUCGUUGAAUCGUUCCACUAAAGCAUGGCUGAACCAUGUUCCUUCGAGUCAAACACAGGACCAACUAAUCGAGACGAGCUGCAGUAUUGUGCCGCCAAUUUCAACCACCUCUGCCGGCUAUGUCUGUCCAACGAUCGGCUUGUGUCCAUUUUUUCAAACGUGCAGGGUCGAAAUGUAUACUACGUCCGGCAAUACGUAAAGUUUGCACUGGAUCUGUUAACUAUCAAGAUCAACAAGCACGAUACGAUGCCAAACUUUCUCUGUGAGCGCUGUGAACGCAACCUCUACAUCAUCGCAAAGUUUAAAAAGAAAUGUGACGAUUCGUUACGUAUUCUGCGCCGUGUGAGCGACAGCAUCAAGGCAGCCAAGAAGGUAGAGCCCAUGGUUACGGAUACUACCGGUCGAAAUAGGCAGAGGAAAAGGAAGUCCAUGAAGACCAAAUCACCCGCAGCCCAACAACAGGAGUAUAUUGACAUUUUACAAAAGUUACCUCAAGGGAUAAACGUAGGAAAAAUAAAAAAGGACCAAACCAUCGAUGUCGUGAAGGAAGAUGAAAAGAAUAAUCAGGCGUCCAACGAAUCAGCUUGUAAAAAAUCGUUCCACAGCUCCAUAGAAGUGCACGUGUUGAAGGAGGAAGUUCUGCCGGAAGACGAAGAGCAACAGGAACAGCACCUUAUCGAAAGGCCUUUCGAUGACCUUGGCGAUAGUGACCUGGGCGAAUUCGAACAGGAUGAUGACUGGGUUCCUAUGGUACCGGAUGACACGAGGACCUAUCGUCCCAGUGCUUACCACGAAGAUCAAACAGUAGCACUAGAAGAAGAAGAAGGGCACGAGGAUGAAGAAGAAGUACCCGACUAUGACGAAGACAAACUUGAAUGGGAACAAUGUGCGCCAACACGGAAGUACAGUACACGCCGCAGCACCCGAGAGCGUGAAGAGGCGGACGGCGUGAAGGCAUCGAAGGCAAAGAUCGUCUGUUCGGUGUGUGGGUCAAUGGUGAACAAUAUCAAAACGCACAUGACCAUCCACAGUGAGGUGCGACCACAUCAGUGUGAGCAGUGCCCGAAAAGCUUCACCUCGCGCCACAAACUACAAUCGCACACCAACAGCGUGCACCUGCGGAGGCGCGACUUCAAGUGUGAGGUGUGCGGAAAGGCGUUCCUGGAGAAGAACAAUCUGAAGGGUCACUUGCGUAUCCACAUUGGGGAACGGAAAUACCGUUGCGACCUGUGUCCGAAGACGUUUCUGUUCGCAGGUACGCUCCGAUGCCACAAGUUGACACAUACGCAAGAGAAAACGCACGCCUGUCAGGUGUGCGGGAAGCUGUUCCUGAUGCGUACCACGCUCAACAAGCAUCUGCGCGUGCACAAUGAUGAGCGGCCGCACCAGUGCGAUGUUUGUGAUAAACGAUUUCGUACGGCCACACACAAGGUCGUGCACAUGCGAACCCACACCGGCGAGAAGCCACUGGUGUGUCGCAUCUGCGGGAUGGGAUUUGCCCAGCACAAGGCUCGUAGUGUGCACUUGAAAACGAAACACCUCGACCAGCUGGUGGCACUGAAUUUGAUCGACGAGAAGGGCCACUUGAAGGUUUAAGAAAACUUUUAAAGAUUUGAGAUAGAUCUACUGAAGUAGUGCUACAAAGCUGCAAAGAUACAAAGACGAUGUCACAUUAUGCAAACACCAAACUAGCAAUUACUAAUGAUGCAUUGCACCAUUACUGAUUACCAGAAAUUGAUAGUUUUUUUUAUGAUGACUUCCAAGCGAGAUGCUUUGUCUAUACUCGCUGAGUGGAAGUGUUUUGUCACUAAAGAAACAACACGCAAAAAGUUGUAACUACGUAACAAGCAAUUUUACUUAGUAAAGUAAAAUACAUAUUUGAGCGGCUGAUCCAAAGAUUUGGAAAGCGUAUUGUAGAAAAUAAAAACAU